UUACUGUAAUAUGUUUAGCCCAUACUAUUUUUAGACAUACUUUAACUACGACAUACGACAUUAAUAAUUUCUUAUCAAAACAAGAAAAAACUAUGGCGUUCCUAAUUAGGCAAUUGGCGUUUUAAAUAAUUUGACUGGGGUUGAAUAUGGUCUUGGUGUUCAAAUACAUGUAUAAAUCUUCGUCAUAAGUUAAUUCAUACAAAUAGAUUCUAGUUUCCUCAAUUGCUAGUAACAAUGUCUGAACCUCCUAAUUCGAAAUACAUUUUAGCAAAUCCUCAAGUUGGUAUCUUACAUAAUUAUGGUCCUAAUUUAACUGCAUUUGAAUUCACUUCAACUCCUGAAAAAUUAGCUAAUAACGUUUUAUUAUUCGUUGCUGGUCUUAAUAAUGGUUUAUUAGACGUUCCUUAUUUACCUAAAUUAAGCGAAGCCAUUAAGAAAUUUGAAUCAAAUAAUAAUAAUGAGAAAUGGGUAUUGAUUCAAAUCUUAUUUACAUCUUCUUAUCAAGGUUGGGGUACUUCAUCGUUAAAAAAUGAUACAAGAGAUAUUUCAAACCUUAUAAAGUAUUUAAAAUCGGAAAAAGGUGGCAAUAGAAAAAAAGUGGUCCUUAUAGGCCAUUCAACGGGUUGCCAAGACACAAUUGAAUAUCUCACUAAGAAAUCGUAUGACUCAAAAUUUGAUCCAAAAACUACCAUUGAUGGUGGUAUCUUACAAGCUCCAGUCUCCGAUGUGGAAGGUUUACAGGUUGCAUCAAAAUUAUCUCCAUCAGAGUUUGCUAAAGUUGUUCAAGAAGUUUAUGAUGAUUAUAUAUCACAAAAUAAACAGAAUCAUAUCUUACCGGAAAGAUUUAGACGUAUUGCUUUCGGAUCUCCGAUAACUGCUUAUAGAUUCUAUUCGUUAGCUCAUCCAAGAGGCGAUGAUGAUUAUUUCUCCAGUUACUUAACAGCUGAGGAUCAUGCUUUAUCAUUUGGAAAGAUUAAAACUCCUAUAUUAGUCUUAUAUGGAUCUAAAGAUGAAUUUGUUCCCGAAUAUGUCAAUCGACAACAAUUAGUUGAUUCAUGGCAAAGGGCCACUGAUGCAAAAUACUGGUCCCCAUUAAGUAAGUGGAUGAUUUUAUAG